UCGGACAGGGGGAAAAGUGAAUUGUGCGGCCGACAAUAGUCGGGCAUGUCUCUAGGGCGAUAAAACCAGUAUUUUGUCUUUUUAACAUCCGUAAUGCGUUUGGGAUGUUUGUAUUUUAUGCCAUGAUUGACUAAUUCCCAGGAUAAGACAGAAAGGGGUGCUUUGACGGAUGUUUUUUUAAGAGAACUGCAUUCAGUAGUUGCUAACUAACGUUAGCCGCGCCGGGCGGUCUGUUGUUAUAGCCUGCAUGGUGGUUCUGAGAACCAUGAGCCGUGCUUCACCUCACACUGGAGGCCGUACUCACUCAGACCAGGACAGGCAAGGCGGAUCGGAGGGUGGGACACACGGAUGGCAACUGUCAGCGUCCCUUCUUGACUGACUACAGACAAUCGGGCCCAAAGGUGAAGCUACUAACUGUCUGGCCCCUGGUGACAUCCACUCAAUCAGAGCCCAGGACAGGACCACCAAGUAGGGUAGUCUCCCUUUAAUCAAGAUGAGUGCAGUCCGUGGAGGAACGAUCACCUGGCGGCCACAGCCCUGGCAGGACGGCGACGGUGGGGGCGGGGAGCCCCUCUCGGACAGCGACUCCGAAGAAGAGGACUUUCCCGAUGACAGCACCACUCCUUUAGGAGACUAUGUCACACAUGGGUUGAAGCAGCUACUGGACGCUCAGCAGCUGUGUGACGUCACACUGUUAGUGGAGGGGAAGAGGUUUAUGUGUCACAGAGUCCUCUUGGCAGCAGUCAGCCCGUAUUUCCGUGCCAUGUUCACUAGCCCGUUGGUGGAGUCCCGCCUCACUGAGAUCCGAUUGGAGGAGGUGACGCCGUCAGUCAUGGAGACUGUCAUCCAGUUCGUCUACACUGGGGAGGCGGGGCUCUGCCUGGACACGGCCGAGGACUUGUUUGUGGCGGCCAAUCGGCUUCAAGUGAUGCCCCUGCAGGACCUGUGCUCCAGGUUCCUGUUUGAACACCUGUCUGUGGACAAUUGCCUGGGCAUGUACUCUCUGGCCCGCUCCCACCACGACCAGCUGCUCCUGAGGGCUUCUCUGAGACUGGUGGCCCAGCACUUCCCCCGCGUGGCCCGCCAGAAGGACUUCCUGCUGCUGGACCCUGGCACCCUGGGCAGCCUGCUGGGCUCCGACCGCCUGGGCGUAGACUCUGAAGCAGAGGUGUAUGACGCGGCGCGCCGCUGGGCCGAGCACCAGCCCGUGGACCGCUAUAGCCACAUGCCGGCCCUGCUCCACCACCUCCGCCCCGGCCUGCUGUCCCUGGAGGAGAGCCGGCGGCUGAGCCAGGAGCUGGGCCCUGCUGCAGCUGGAGAGGGCGGCCCGCUGAGGCCCCGGGAAGGCAUGUUCGAGAAGAAGAUAGUGUGUGUGGACCUGAAGCCGCGGGAGGACGAGUCGCUGAACGAGAGGGACUUCACUGUGGACUGCUUCGACCCGCGCACAGGGAAAUGGGAGAAGCUGGCUGCCCUGGGCUCUCUGCUGUGCCCAGGUUGCACGGCCAUCGGGGGUCGGCUGUUCGUAGCGGGGGGCAUCCUGCGGGGCGGCACGGUGUCCACGGAGGUCCAUGAGUAUGACUCUGUGUUGGAUCGCUGGCUGGAGCGGUCGCCCAUGGUGUCACCCCGGGCCAUGCUGGGUCUGCUGGGCUGUGGGGAGUCACUCUACGCCCUGGGGGGCUGCAACAGAGGAGCCAUGCUGGACUCCUGUGAGAUCCUGGACCUGGCCUCUCUCCAGUGGGGCCCGGGGCCCCGUUUGCCCCUGCCGCUGCGCUCCUUUGCCUGUGCCACCCUGCGUGGCCGCAUCUACCUUCUGGGCGGCACCACACUGGAGCAGAACCGGGCGGUGGUGCACGCUGGCGUGCUCAUCUACCACACCUUGACUGACUCGUGGACCCGCGUGGGACUGGACUCUGGCGCCACCUGCCUGGCCGGAGGGGUGGCGGUGCGGGGAGGAGUCUGUGCCAUCGGAGGCUACAUGAGGGAUGCCACAAAGUUUAUAGAUGGGAACUACACCCAUCUGGAACCUCUGGAAGCCACGGGGCGAGUGCUUUUCUUCAGGGAGGGCCGGGGCUCAGGGGUGGAGCGGGAGGUGACUGGGGCAGUGGUGGCUGAGAGGGGCGGGGGUGGGGGCGGGGGGAGCGACCGAGCCCCCAGUCCGGUGGUUUUCCCGGGGCUGCCCAGGCGGAUCGCUGCCGGGGGCGUGGCCAGGUGGAAACGCAGGAUAUAUGUGCUGGGCGGGGAGAACGGCUCCCGUUUCUAUGACAGUGUGUACUGUUGGAAGCCUGGCUGGCGCAGCUGGGUCCAGAGACGGGAGAAACUACCCGGAGACACAGGGGGAGUCAGCCAGUUCGGCUGUACCACCCUUAAGUUCCCCAAGAAACACAUCCUGUCCCGGCUGAGACUGGCUCGGGAGGAUCGCAAGCCUGAUGACGACUAAUGAGCUGUGGCUAAGACCAGCAUUCAUGGGGUUUCAAUAAUGAAAUGAAAUGUAAUCAACUUUUAACACUUGACAGUGGGGGGGAAGGGGACUCUCAUCUGAAUGUAACCACCGUAUGCCACAACAAUGCUCAAGUCCUUCACAAAAUUGAUUUAAAAUGGUUUGAAACUGGUCUGCCUGUUGAACACACAUCCUCAGCCUUUGCCACCUUAUAGGAAUUUAACAGCUGCAUAGGCCUAUGUUGUGAAUGACUGGCUGUGAAUGUUUGGCAGGGUUUAAAUUUGUUUAUUGAAAUUUUAAUUUAAUUUAUCUCUGCCUUUUCUAUCCCAAACUUUCUGAAAUUCACCAAAUGAUCCAAGGCCAUGUUCAUUAGGCACCAAAUGGAAGAAAAUUAACUGAAACAUGGAAGGACUACCUACCUACAUUCAUUUUCGUUUUCCUUUGCAACAUGACCUAGAUUUCAGUCACUUGUUAUUUUUGGUCAGUUUCUCUUCAUCGCUAUUCCUCCUAACGCUUAUCCUCCUCCAAUCAAAUAGUGUUAUCAUCAGAGGAGAUAGCAUGGUUUCGUAAUCACUAUAGCACCCAAGUCUCCACACUCAAACAACUGUGUAAUCUGUGCCAGUCUUGUAAAGAUUAAGGUCUCAAUACAAUUCCAUUUAGAAAAUUCUGUUUUAUUUUGGCUCAGAAUACAGACUACGUAAUUCGAUUUAAUUUCCAGAUGCAUUGGUUACUUACUUACCACAAGACCAAGAGCAGGCAGAUCCCGCAGAAUACCUGACACCUGACUAUUUGGUUUUUAGACAGACAAGUUUAUUUUUGAUUUUAGUUGAACACGCCCCUUUACGCCACAGAGCUAUGUGAAGAUAUUCUGAGUGCAAAUGUGUAUGUGUGUUGGGGCGUGAAUGUUGGAUUAUGGUAUGUAACAACAGGGGAGCCCCCCCCCCCAUCAUUCACACCCCUUAAGAGAAACAUGAUGUAAUUUGAUUUAUGUUUUUGAACUGAAAGACAAAUUGAUAAUUUGAUGACAGUUAUGCUAUCAAAUGAUUAAAGGAAUAUUUGUUUAAGAAAGA